AUGAAUGUAAAAGUACAAACGGUCGUCACAAAUGAGUACCAUUUCCAUAUUGGGCUCUCGUUCGAUAGCCAUCGUAGUUUCGAUCGCUGCCGUGCUCUUCUUGGCGCGAAAUUGUGUAGUUCAGGUGCGAGGGGAGCAUCUUCUAAGUCUGAAAGCGAUGCGCGAGAGAUCUCCACCUCUGUGUUAGUGGUGCUCUUUUCCGUGUUUAUUCUGUUUUACGCUGAAGAGGUGAACCAUAGAGGACGAUUGACAAAGGGGUGUUCCCUCGAACACAGCAUAUCUUAUCUAUCGGAUAUUCGGAACGGAGUUAGCAAGCAACCGUUUCCCCGCACUUUUUGA